ACAUGACCAAAAUAUUUUGGACUAAAAAUACAAGCAAUCUUUACACUGCAUAUAAAUAAUAUUCUAGCAGGUGUCAAGUCUAACAUAAAGCUAAAAUAUGCCAUGUGGUGCACCUUAAUUUAGUUACUCAAGUCACUCAAAAAUCACAAUAAUCAAAUUUAAUUUACAUGACAGUCCGGUCACUUGUGUUUAAUACAGUGUUAGUUCAGUUUUAUUAAAAUUAAUAAUUUCAUUCCAAGCAGUCAUCUAAAGGUACUGGUGGGAAAUGGUUGCGUUUGCUUUUCACGGACAGAUGAGGGCGCCAGAGAGCUGAAGAAAAACCUGGGGAAAAAAUAUUCAGGGCAAAAAUGCGAACAUAACGAACAAUAGUAAAUGCACCUGUUGCUCAAUGUAGCUCCAGCUCUGGCCACACGGAGGCGGAUCGGCCGCCUGCAGCUCUCCGGUGACUGACGGGAAAAUAAAACCGCGUCCUGCGGGAGAAGUUAGGAACAGCGAGCAUCUCGCCUUGGACUCUUAAAAAAAAUUAUCAUUCCAGUUUUCAUAUCAGCUGCAAAGCCACUGACUGCUGGACAGAACAAGGGAGCAUGUCAAGUCAUCGUGGUAACACAGGGCAGGGACAGCGUGCUCAAGUUUGAGCCUGUCCCAGGAUGCACCAGCUGUUCCGUCUAGUGCUGGGACAGCGAGACCUGUCCCGUGCAGGAGACCUCUUCUCUCUGAAUGACAGCGAGAUUGAAGACUGUCUGUCUCAAGCCCUGGAGGAAAUCAAAGUCAUAUCCUGUUCACCGGACUACUUGACAAAUGACAAUGACCAAGCGGUGGUGGAGAUCUGCAUCACACGCAUCACUACAGCGAUUAGGGAAACAGGUUCAAUCGAGAGGCAUGGAGCGGCUCUUGUGUCACUAUGGGAGUCGUGUCUCGAGCAUAACCUCCAGCCGCAGGGCAAAGAUGAAGACACACCCCAUGCCAAGAUCGCCUCUGACAUCACCAGCUGCAUCUUGCAGAAUUACAACAGGCCUCCAGUGAUGGCGUUAGCAGUCCCUGUGGCAGUGCGGUUCUUGAGGCAGGGGAACCAAGAGCUUAGUAGAAACAUGGCCAGCUACUUGUCACUGGCUGCCAUCGCUAAAGCAGAACUCCUGGCCCAACACACAGAGGCAAUCACCUGCAGCGUGCUAGGAGGAAAUGCAAUGCUGUUGAGAGUGCUGCCAUCUGUGUAUCCUCGACAACCAGAGCCCAUCCAUCAACACGUCCGUGAGCUGAUGGCGAUGAUGUCCCAGUUGGACCAGGCCAACAGACAGCACCUGCUCAGACUACUGCAGAUGAUCUCUGACCUUCACCCCCUGGUAUUGUCGUCUUUGGUGCCAUCAUUGAUCGGUUAUGUCAGUGACAGUGAUCUAGGUGACACUGCUUUGGGUGUUUUGGUGAACGUGGCUCAGGCAAGCCCCGCCUCUCUCGUUCCCUUCCUGUCCACGCUAAGAAAUGUGGGACAGAAGAACCCUUGUUUCCUGGGACACAUCGCUAAGAUCCAUGGAGCGGUGGGUCUGACUAGUGAGGUCCAAGCUCGCGGGGCGCUGCAGUAUCUGGUGUCACUGUUAGCAAGUAUGGAGCAUAGUGCCCAUCACACACUACUGCUGGAGAUUCGCUGCCUGACCGAUCGCUACACUUCCAUCCUGGGUGGCGGAGGAAAAGACAUCUACCGCAUGAGCAACAGUUUCACCGCCAUUGCUCGACUGCUGGGACGCACACUGGAGGCUGACAGCACACUUAACAGAGAGGUGGAGAAUGUGCAGGAUUUGUCCAGGCCGUGUGAAGCUGAGUCUGGUUCUGACAUGUUCGCUGAGAACAAGCGACUGCAGGUGAAGAUCCAGGCUUUUGAGCAGAAGAUGGGUGAUGAGGUGGAGGAAUUUGAGGAAGAGAGUGCUUCUCCUGGUCCUCAGAGACGCCACAGUCUGAUUCAGGCAGCGCGAGACGAGCGCAGAGAGAUGAGGUUCAACAGGUCAAAGAGUCUGGCUCUUCAUGCUAUACGCACACGAUCCAUUAACUCUGACAGCAGUCCAGAGGGAGAUGGGGUGGAUCUGAGCGCAGAACUCUCUGUCUGUGUGGCCAUUCCUGGUUCAGAGACUGGUUCUGCCCUCACGACCCUGCAGGAGAACCACAAACUCGCAGAGACUCAACCUGACACGUCUCCAAACAGUGAGGGGCUAAAGGUGGCGGCUGGAGAUCCCCGGGAGGGAGAUCGACUCUGGAUCCACCUAAGAGACAACAUGGAAGAAAUCAAGACCUUCUGUGCAGAAAUGAUCAAGCAAAUCCCCAUACCUGAGCACUGUGUCAUUGAAGACUCACACCGUGGCUGUGUAGCUAAGCUGUCAUUCUCCUGUCCACUGAAAGGACACUACUGCCUGUACGGGAAGUCCUGUUUCUCACUAUGUAGUCCUCAGCCGCACCUCUGGAUCCAAAUCAUGCUACUGGCACUGCAGAGUAAAGUGAGCGAGGUGUUGUGCUGUCAAGAUGAGUGUGUUAAGCAGCUAAGGAAACUUUGGGAGAAAACACAGCUGACUGGAGCUCACAGCUUUGAAGUGGCCAUGACUCAGACAACUGUUCUUCACAAGAAGGAUGUGGACAGUUUGCAGAUGUAUCUGGAGGAGGUUCGUUUCUUUGACCUGUUCAGCUACUGUGAAGAGGAGGGUGGCUGGCUCUGUUUCAUGUGCAGUAACCCUGAGAAAGCCACAGUUGUUAACCAGGACGGCCAGCCACUCAUCGAGGGUAAGCUGAAAGAGAAACAAGUGCGCUGGAAGUUCAUCAAAAGGUGGAAAACUCGUUAUUUUACCCUCGCUGGCAACCAGCUUCUCUUUCGAAGAGGAAAAUCAAAGGAUGAACUGGACAACAGCACAAUUGAACUUAGCAAAGUGCAAAGUGUUAAGGUGGUUGCAAAGAAGAGGCGUGACCGUGGACUGCCCAGAGCCUUCGAGAUCUUCACAGACAGCAAAACCUACGUGCUGAAAGCUCAAGACGAAAAGCAUGCAGAAGAGUGGCUGCAGUGUAUCAAUGUAGCUGUGGCCCAGGCCAAAGAACGAGAAAACCGCGAGGCCACCACAUACCUGUGAUACUUGUUCUGCUGAGGAUCCUGUGGGUUUAUCAAGUCAGAUGGGUGCGUCUUAUUGCCAAAAUUUUACAUUAUGACAGUUUAUUAACAUCAGAGACAAAUGUAAUGUCUCAAAUGCCACCUUCAACCUUUGCAGUCAUCCUCCACAUAAAUUCUUGCAAUGGCAAGCCACUAAGACUGUCAAUUUGUCCUUUGUUAUGUUGAGCUUGGCAAAGGGCAUCAAAGGCACAUUGUGACCAAGAAGGAUCCCUCAGGAGAACCCUUAGGAAUCAUGAAAUGAUCAAUGGGACAUCCUACAGUCUUAUGGACUUCUCAGACAUGUGUUAGUAAAGUGCACAAGACCCCAAGUCAAUACCAAGUCAUAGUGCGUCAUUUGGGACAUGACCAAAGAAAAUGAGUGACGUACAAUGAGGCUGAGUAACCCUGAGCUGCGCCUGUGGGUCAUAUCUAAACGUUUUGAUAACAGAACUUGUGAUUUAAUACAUCUUUGUCUUCCAGGGAAGUGUAGAAGGCUUAUUUAGAAUCAGCUAUCGCAUACAAUUAGAGCUGUCACAUUUCACAUGUUAACGCAUACAGUAAAUACAGUACGUUUUAACACUCUUUUGGUACUCUAAUGUUGAUAAUACUAAUCUUAAUAAAAAUUUAUACAAUUAUUAGUAAUAGUAGUAUAUUUAAAAUAAUUAAAAUAGAAAAAUAUUACUGUUAUACAGGACAAACUUGUGCUAUAAACUAAAAAAAAAAUUAUAUUUGAUAAUGAAAUGCUGAUUUAUUUAUUAAAAUUUUACAUUCAGUAUCAUUAAUUAUUAAUUAACUUUUUUUUAUCAUUGCAGUACCCCUGUUUGGGAAACCCUGGUUUAAUCAAUUGACAGCCCUCGUUUCAGUACAUGGCAUGAAGUAAGCACAAGUUUUCAUAAUCUUGAAUUUUACUGCCAGCUCCUCUACGCUUCCAGAAUACAGCAAAAGCCAAUAUUAUCUUGACAGCAAUAAAAUUAUACUACAUUUAGCCCUCGGUUCACAAACCAUGCGACCUGUUACAAACAUACAGCAAUAAAAGAAUUUAGCUGGAUUGAUUUCACAGAAGGACCAAAAGCAUCAAGAAGUGCCUGAAUGUAGUGGCAAAACAGAUUUUGGUACAGACUGUUCUUUGGCCACAGAAACUCAACGUCUUUUUGAAUAACACCGAGGACAUCUCCAAAGUUCUAGGGAACCACAGAACUAUGGUGGUGAAAGAAAUUUGUUCCACUGGUAUACGUUUCAGAGCUGUGUUUUGUGUGCUGGGAUGGGCUUUCAUGUCUCAAGGCAAAGUUUGUCCUUUUUUCUCAACCAUUUUUAUCCAUGGAUGAAUACCAGUUAUGUUGUACAGUAACAGUGACUCAAAUUGAAGUCAUUUAUCCAUUUAUAGUUAUUUUGUAACACAAAGACACAUCGGGCCUACUACAUUACUUUCUGCCCUGUGACAAACAGUAACUGCUUACAUGUAUUAUGGAUUAUGUAAUCAGAUUCCAAAAAUUAAGUACUUGUUAUUAGAGUAUAAUCAGAUUACUGUUUUUUUUAUGGAUUACAUGAUUACAUAUUAUUCACACAGUGGCAGUAAAUUAUUCACAAUUUAGUGAUUUUCCCUAA